CGAGAGGAGGCGAGCUUACCGAGGUCUCAAUGAUAGUUUGCAAACCGGCCUGUCAAUUCGCCAACUCUUUUCGGAUUAUGUUAAUUAUAUUGUAUGCCGGGUUCCAUUCAAAUGUGGUGCAUUGAUGUCAAUCUUUUGGUAGGGAUGAAAAGAGACCGCCCUUUUCACCAAUGUUCGAAAGCUCGAAAAUGGAUCAAAUACUUCCGAGCGUGAAGGGAAAUUCAAAGAAGCUACCAUCGAAGCCGAAGAGCUAUUCGGCGAGAUUAAGGAUGUCCGCGAUGAAUUGUGUAUUAUCAAAUCAAUCGUGAAGUAUCAAAGCAUUGUCGAGCGGAAACUCUAUGGCAAAGACCUACCAUAUUUCGACCUUACUACAAGCUACAUCCUCAACGAUACCGCCGAAAUGGAGAGACUUGCAAAUAGGAUUCAGUCUGCCGCAAGCCUUCCGUUUAUUGAAGAUUGAUUACAAUGGUCACUUAUAUGCAAUGAAUUUAGGUCACUUCGACACUCUCAUUACUACAAAGCGAGAUGGCAAACCAGAGCAAUCCGUAAAACAAGGUGAUAGUAUGAUGGCGUUCACACUGAUUACUAUUAUAUUUCUGCCGCUGUCAUUCCUUAGCUCUUUAUUCGCACUUGACGUUGAGUCGUUCCAAAAAGCUCCUGCCUGGACUUUUGGGAUCAUUUUCGGGGUUUCUUUGGAAUUUACCGCCCUUACGAUCUACGCCCUUUACUUAAAUCGGUAUGUAGUUGCAAUAGCCAAAUCCAUCUGCAUGUAUAUCAAAAAACAUACCAAGAAGCAACACAGCGAUAUACAGGAGCAGUUCGGCAGGAAUGUCGAAAAUCACCAUGGUAAAUUCCACAUAUUGAAAGAUUUAGUUAUAUCUUAACGUUAAGGAAGUGAAUGUGCUUCAGAUAUAUUUCACGAUGCUAACGUGUAUAAAUGUCGUGGAGAAGAAGAAGAAGAAGAAGAAGAAGAAGAA